GAGGCGCAGAGACGCCCAGAGCUCAUCACCGCGGGGCGGAGAAGGUCCAGAUCUCACCGGGCUCGAUCUCCCGUCGCCCUCCCUGGGAUCGUUGGAGUGGGGGCAUUUCUUUGACUUUUCUACGGUUUUGUCGCGCGAGGGCUGCAGUGGCAUGACGGAGAGCGGAGCGGAGACCGAGCUGCGAGGCAGUGGUAGUGUUCGUAAGGGUUGUGAUCCCUUUGCACAGACUCAGCGGAGCAAACUACAGCAUCGUCGAGCUCGGAUUAACCAGCAGAUUAACAAGGAGAUGCGAAUGCGAGCAGGAGCCGAAAAUCUGUUUCGGGCUACAACUAACAACAAGGUGAAGGAAAAUGUGGCUCUGGAAUUGAGUUUUGUGAACUCCAACUUGCAGCUUCUGAAGGAAGAACUAGAGGAACUGAACAGCUCUGUGGAAGUUUAUCAAAAUGGAAAUGAGUCUAUUAGCGUUCCCAUGAUUCCUCUGGGCCUGAAGGAGACAAAAGAAGUUGAACUAUCGAUGCCUCUGAAGGAAAUUAUUGAAGAACACUAUAAUGAAGCAGCAUGCAAGUACGAAAAAGAACUGAAUGAACUUGUGGAUCUCCGGCAGGCAAUACGCACUCCAACCAGGAAUGAUGCUGGGAUUGAACUUCUUAUGGAAUAUUACAACCAGCUUUACUUCAUUGAUAAUCGUUUUUUCCCUCCCAAUAAAAACAUGGGUAUCUUUUUUCAUUGGUAUGACUCUUUGACUGGUGUUCCUUCUUAUCAACGGGCUCUAGCUUUUGAAAAGGGAAGCAUUCUGUUCAACAUUGGAGCACUAUAUACGCAGAUUGGGGCACGACAGGACCGGACCACUGAGGAGGGAAUUAAUUAUGCCAUAGAUGCCUUCCAAAAGGCAGCAGGUGCAUUGAACUACUUGAAAGAAAAUUUCUUCAAUGCACCAAGCCUCGAUAUGAGCACUCCAUCCCUCAACAUGUUGGUUCGUCUGAUGAUUGCACAAGUACAGGAAUGCGUCUUUGAAAAGGUGAUAGUGGCAGGAGUUAAGGAUGAGUUCUUAACGCAGCUACAGUGUGCACAGGAAGCAGCAAGGGUGGCAGAUGUGUACUCCUUGGUCUAUCAGACAAUGACACAACCCCCAGUGAAAAAUUAUGUUCCAUUCUCUUGGACAACUAUGGUUCAGGUGAAAUCUGAGUAUUUCAAGGCCAUUUCUCACUAUUAUGCAGCAAUCGCACUAUGUGACCAUAUAAUGGGUCCUGAUGAGGAGGAAAGUGAACAAGUAAAGGCUCUUCAACAGCUUCAUGUGACAAUGCCUGAGGGUCCGUCAUUAAUCACAGUACUGAAAGAUAAAGAAGAGCGACGCAAAUUAGGGAAGGCUCAUUUGAAGAAAGCAAUAAUUAAACAUGAAGAAGCAAUGAGGAUUCACAGUCUUUGUAGGAUUCUCAGGAAGAUGGAUAUCCUGCAAGAGGUGCUAUCUAUUGUCCAUAAACGAUCACUGAAAAAGUACUCUGAAAUCGAUCGUGAGGAUGACUUUUUUGAUACAAUUGAAGCUCCAGAAAUUCAUCCAAAAACGCAGCAAAAACCGGAAAUUAAAACUCCAAACUUCUCCAAGGUGAAAGUCACUGAUAUUUUUCACAGAUUGGGGCCUUUGUCAGUUUUUUCUGCCAAGAACCGGUGGACACCAGCCAGACAAGCUCACCUUAAGAAAAGCGAAAAAGGAUUUGGAUUUACUCUACGUGGAGAUUCACCUGUCCUUAUUGCAGGUGUUGUUCCUGAUGGCUCUGCUGAUGAAGCCGGUCUCCGAGAAGGAGACUACCUCGUGUCAGUGAAUGAACAAGAUUGCAAAUGGUCCAAGCACACUGAUGUAGUUCAGCUAUUGAAAAAUAUCAGUACAGAAGGUGUCAGUAUUGGUGUGAUAACUCUAAUUACCUCUGAGCAACAGAACAAUCAGGCUGACAGAAAAUCACUUCUAGGCACAAUGUCUUCGACAAGCAUCUUCUCUGGGAAUGAUAAAGAGAAUAGCAAGAAAAUUGCCGAUUCAACUAAAGGUUCAGGUUUGCUGGUCACCUGGAACAAAAAGAAGAAUACAAACAAGGAUGGUAGCACUCACAGCUUACCUGUCAUUGCUGUAACAGACGAUGGAUCAUUCUAUUGAAGAGUUUCAUCACUCCUAAUUUGUGUUAUUCACCACAAACAUACUCAACUCAACUAAGGACACGGAAUGUCUUUUUUUAAAAGAGUUCAUCUCAAUUGAAGCCCUAUCAAUCAUGCACUACAAGAUUUAUUAUUAUUUACAUUCCUUUAUGGGGGGAGAUGACAGCAGAGUGGUAUUGUAACUGCACUAGUAAACAGCGGCCUUGGCUAUUGUUGUGGUUAUCUCAAAUCUCACUUCAAUUCAGUUAAUAAAUCUAGCUAUGAAAUGCUGAUGCUCUUAAGGAAGGAUAUCUGCUAUCUUUACCGGGCCUAGAUCUGACUCCAGAACCAUCAUGAUAAAGUUGACUCUCAAAUACCGUCUGAAAUAGUCUUGUCAAUCACUCCAAUGUACUAAACCACUGCAAAAUAUUUCUUUAAAACACGUAUUAGACUUUUGAACUGUUGCUGUAUUGAAAGACACAUUAGUACAAAUAGGAUGGUGGGACAUAAAUGGUAAAGUGAAGCAAGGUCAAAUGUGCCACAGUAAAACAAGGCUUUGACAUCUUGCAGUAGAUUCACUCUAACCAGUUUAAUUAAAGUGAAAAGGUUUUCAAUCCCAGCCUUAAUGAAAGUGCUGAAUAAUCUGUACAUUUCCGGCAUUUUUAAGUUCUGUAUGAAUUUUUCCUUACUGGAUGGGAGUCUAUAAGCUAUUUUUAACUCACUACAAACCAAUAGCCGCUUCAGGCUGCUGCUGCAAGGUAGUACCUUUUAGAGAUCUCACUAUGGCAGACCACAUCUUGUUUCAUUUUGGUCCACCAAGAGUUUGUGUUUCUCUCCUUCAGAGUUUUAUUUUUGUUGAUGUUCCAUGCUUUGUGUGAUGUGUUUUCAGCAAUAACAAGUCAAAUCAAAUCCCUACCAUCAGAUUAUCAGAGCAC